UGGGCAUAACGUCAUUGGAUUGACACGUGAAACUCAACUCGACUUGCCCAUGGAAACUUCCAUUCCAGUCCCAUCCAUCCGAUGCUUCCCAUGCGGAGGGAGUCCCAACAUUCUUUAAAGGCCACCAUGUCUGUCCUCCAGCUUUUCUUUCCCUCUCGAUCUCUUGACAGCCCAACCACCAACGAACCAACAAACCAGACGCACCUGUUUCGAACACCUCCCCCAAAUCAUCGCCAACAUGCCUCUCGUCGCCAAAGGUGUCGCCGACCUGUUCAACUUUGUUGACUACAGCAAGCCGAGCCUCGCCCUCUCUGCUGCUGCCAUUGUUUUUAACCCCAUCUUCUGGAACAUCGUUGCCCGCAGAGAGCACCGCACCAAGUUCCUCACCCGCGCUUUCGGCGGCAAUGCCCAGGUAGCCUGCUACUUCCUGGCCGCCACCAUCUUCGGCCUCGGUCUUGUCCGCGACUUUCUCUACGAGCGCGCUCUCCGUGACCAGCCCUCCCACCCGCUCCUCGAGGGCACCAACGUCAAAUACGCCGCCUAUGCCCUUCUCGCUCUCGGCAACACCUUCGUCAUCACCUCUACACUGCGCCUGGGCAUCACCGGCACCUUCCUCGGUGACUACUUUGGCAUUCUGAUGGAUGGCAUCGUCACCGGCUUUCCAUUCAACGUCACCAGCGCUCCCAUGUACUACGGCUCCACCAUGAGCUUCCUCGGCACCGCCCUUCUGUACGGCAAGCCCGCUGGUCUUCUUCUGACUGCCUGGGUCCUCUUUGUCUACAUUGUCGCUAUCCAGUUCGAGAACCCCUUCACUGCCGAGAUCUAUGCCAAACGCGACCGCGAGAAGGCCAAGGCUGCCGGUACCGGCAAGAAGGAGCUCUAAAUCCGAGCAAACAAACAAAUCUGCAAAGGAAGGCGGUCCCUGAGCUGUUGACUCAGUCUUGGGGAUCGCCGUGCCCAGCCGAAAGGUUGGGCAUGUGGGCAUGACGUAGGUCCCUCCCCUCCCUCUCAGGCGUGGACAAACGGAACACCAGCUGACUCAACUUGUGUCAACAGGAAAAUUAUACAUCGCCGGGCUA